CCCAAAAUCUGCUAGCAUUCUCUUUAUCUCAGAGCCGGACCAAGACUGCGAUUGAUCCGCCACCCCGCUCAACCAACUCACUGCGAAAUUACCCUGUAUCUUUCGAUCUCUUCAUUGUUCUAUCGUGCUGUGGCUUGCCCAGAGAACCAUGGAAGAGUCAAGACUGGCUGUGGGAAUCGAUUUUGGAUCCAGCAAGACAGGUAUCAUACCCGCCAGAUUCUUCUUCCUUCCCGCCCGUCCAAAUGUGUUCGUCACUCACAUCUCCACUUACUACACAGUGAUUUCAUAUCAAGAGUCUAGCUCCGCUCACUUGAGUCCCUAUCGUUUCUGCCUUCACGAAAGUCCUAUCAUCCCGUCGACAAUUGCUUAUCUGUCGGAUGAGCUAUGCUGUAUUGGCACAGCCGCCCAGAGGCGUUCGAACUGUAUCUACUGGCUAAAGCAUCUGCUGCAUGAAUCAUGUAAAAUAGAUGACUCAGGUGAUACACCGAUCCAGGACCUUGUCCGGGGGGUACGGAACGGACUGCCUCAGAAGCAGCGAGACAAUCCCUACAUCCUGGUAGCCGACUUCCUCCGGGUGCUGUUACAUCACCUCCGGGCCGAGCUGGAAUGUAUCGUUAAUCUCAAAAACCUAACCCCGAGUGUACACUUUUACCGUUCCGGCUACUUGGUCAGAGCACACCCGCAUGAUGAUGAAAAAAGCCAUUCAGUUGGCAGGCUUUGAACAUCGAAACGCAACAGUCUGCCUCACCACCGAGGCCGAGGCGGUUGCCAUGUAUGCAGCCACUGAAAGCGGAUUCAACAUGAGACUGUUCAGCGAGGUAACUAGACCAUGCUGCCUAGCUCUCACUUUCGCCGCCAGUUUAAAUGACCGAGGC